AUGGCUUCGACUAAACCCGCUAUCCCGCCCGUGGCGCUGGACACUAUCACUCAACAGAUUGGAAACACCCCUCUGGUACGACUGAACCGUCUGCCCCGCAGCCUGGGAAUUGAUGCCACCGUCUACGCGAAGUUGGAGUACUUCAAUGCUGGUGGCAGUGUCAAGGAUCGCAUUGCCCUGCGCAUGAUUGAGGAGGCAGAGCGCUCCGGUCGCAUCAAGCCGGGCGACACUCUGAUCGAGCCCACCAGUGGCAACACUGGUAUCGGUCUGGCUCUGGUCGGUGCGGUGAAGGGAUACAAGACCAUCAUCACUCUGCCCGAGAAGAUGUCCGCUGAAAAGGUUUCCGUUCUGCGGGCCUUAAACGCCACCAUCAUCCGAACCCCCAACGAAGCCGCCUUCGAUUCGCCCGAAUCCCACAUCGGAGUCGCCAGGCGCCUGGAGAAGGAAUUGCCCAACGCUCACAUCCUCGAUCAAUACGGCAACGAAAACAACCCCAACGCCCACGAAUUCGGCACCGCCGAAGAGAUCUGGACGCAGACCAAUGGCGAGAUCAAGGCUAUUGUGGCUGGCGCUGGCACUGGUGGUACAAUCACUGGUAUCGCUCGGGGUCUCAAGAAGCAUAAUCCCAAAAUCGAAGUGAUCGGUGCUGAUCCCCAUGGUUCCCUUUUGGCUCUGCCUGAAACGUUGAACGAGCCGCACAUGAACGAGCCAUAUAAGGUGGAGGGUAUCGGUUACGACUUCAUCCCCGAUGUUCUGGACCGCAAAAUUGUUGACCGGUGGUACAAGACUGCCGACAAGGAAUCUUUCCAGUACUCGCGACGCCUGAUUGCCGAGGAAGGUCUCCUGGUUGGUGGCAGCAGUGGAAGUGCUGUCGCCGCAUUAGUUAAGGCCAAUGAGGAGCGCAAAUUCUCCAAGGACGAUGUCGUUGUUGUUGUUCUCCCGGAUAGCAUCCGAAGCUAUUUAACCAAGUUUGCGGAUGACGACUGGCUGGCUGCCAACAACCUCCUGUCAUCGUCUCCCAUUGCGGACACUCCCACCCAGCAACCCCCGGUCUCCACUGAUCCAUUGGCCGGUGCGAAGGUCAGCGCUCUUCGUCUGAAGCCCAUUACUACUGUGACUUCCAACAUCCCGUGCGAGACAGCAAUUGAGACCAUGCGUGAGAAGGGCUUUGACCAGCUGCCUGUUCUCGCGCCCUCUGGCCGCAAGCUUGUGGGCCUGCUCACUUUGGGCAACGUUCUCAGCCGGUUAACACACGGCCGCGUGUCUGGAAAAAGCCCGGUGUCCGAGGUCAUGUUCGAUUUCUCCAAGAUUCCGGAGGUUGUGACCGAUCCUCGCAAUGUGGGUGUUACCCGAGCUCCGUCGGGCGCCCAGACCAACGGAAUGGAUACCACCCGGGUGCACACCAAGCGUCGCCAGUUCAUUGAGAUCACUAUGGAGACUCCGCUCAGCGUGCUAAACCGAUUCUUUGAGUGGAACAGUGCUGCCGUUGUCACAGAGAAGGACGACAACGGCGCAAUGAAGCCUUUGGCUAUUGUCACUAAGGUUGAUUUGCUCACGUGGCUGCUGCACCAGAGCAAGACCAACGACGCUUAG